AUGAAGAGGGCCAUCUCCGAGGGGUACGACCCCGAGGGCAGAGGCACCCCGCAGGGGUAUGAAUCAGACGGGGACUCCAGCGAGACCCUCCUCCUCGGAGGUAAGCAAUUGGACAUGGCGUUAUAUCGUGCGUGGGAGCUUGCCCCGACCGGCCCGAACGUGCUUCGGGCCAAGGAGUUGGGGCACAAAGUCAUGAUGAGGCCGAGGGGGAUGCCGAGGGACGCCGUGGAGGAGAUCGCGAAGCAAAGCAACAGGAACAACAAGGGCGUGCAGGACACGUUGCCAGAGAGGGUGCUCGCAGCCCCUGGAAUGUUGGCAAAUUUUAGAGCUGAUUUGGCAAAUCGGCAGAUCGAUCCAAGUACAUUGCCCUCGAAGGGCGAGUACACGUACCACAAGUUGCUCGCGAUCUUCAUCAGCGAGCGGCACGAAGGCGCAAUAUUCGCAGGCAUAGACACGUACUCGGAGUUCCAGCUGUUCAAUAAUGCCAAGCAGAUUUACACGAACCUGACCAAGUCCAAGAUACCUGGUGCAGCGCCCUCGGCGUCGGACCCACUCGAGGUGAACGCGUUCCAGGUGCACAAGUUCGCGUCGUGGGUCGAAGAGAACACGGAUGCAGAGGAGAUCGAGAAAACAAUGGGAAGGUGCUUGAGCUCGGUGGCCGUGUGGUCCAAGGAGAUGUCGAACUUGCUCGGCUAUUUCGCGAGCGAGGACGAGGGCAUGGUCUGGGAGUAUAGUUUCUACGUCGGCCUCGAGGCCUGCUUGCCAGUGGACGACGAAGCCCCUUUGAACCAGGACUGCUACUUCAAUGGCGUCCCAAAGUUUCCGCUACUCUUCACUUCCAAGAUGACCGUGGACACCAUGGAGAAGAUGAUGGGCAUGCUGGGCGCUAAGGUUAAAGGAGUGGCCCCCUCGACUGAUGCGAAACCGAGCGGCAACAAGGGGUCCGAGAACAAUACCAAGAAAAACAAGCGGGACGAUGGCGCUGCAGCUCUAACUGCAUUCAAGGAGCAUGCCGCGGACGCGGCCACCAUUAAGAGCACUAUCUGGGUCGACACCCUGAAGACGGCCAUCGUCAAUCCUUUCGCCUGCUUGCAGGAGAUCGUCAACUUCGUCGUCAACCAGAGUCCUCAGUUGUUCAGUGCAGGGUAUUUGGCUGGGGUGCCUGGGGUGCCGUCGUCAGGCGGCAACGACAACGACGUCGCCAAGUUCGUGGAAGAGUUUCUCAGAGGGGACGAUGCCACCAACAUCACCAACGGUCGGUCGGCAACGGCAGCGGCAAGCGAUUUGGAGAGAGGGUCGGAGGGCACAGCCAGUGCACCCGUCGACGCGACGGAUGCGGUUCACGCCCAGAGGAGGCUUCAGAAGUUCAGGAUGAUGUACCACGACGAGUCGCUGGUCCUGCGCUUGACGAGCUUCGCGAAGCAAUGCAACCUCACGACGGACUGGGGCUACGAGGAGCUGAUGGAUCGGGCCAUCGCCGUUCGCGACAGCGGGGGGGUUGACUCGGUCUUCGAGGUUCUGUUCGCGGAUGCCCCAGCCAUCGUCGAGCCAGAGUGGGAGAACUUCGCGAAUCUAUGCAUCGAGUUCGUCUAUGAGGCUGGCGUCAAGAUGAAGGAGGUUAUCCAAGACACGAUUGACGCAAUCUUCACGAACAAAGACGGGGCCAUGCGACUGACACGGAUGCAUUACCACAUUGCCUUGUUAGCGGUCAAACGCCGGAUGCCAGAAACCCCCUUCAUCAUGAAUAAGGUCAUCGACGACAUGACUUCUGAGGUUACCAACAGCUUCGUUGCUCUGCUGAGGCGCAUCCGCACGGCCGACCUCUACAAGAAGGCGUGGCAGGCCUUCAUGAAGUACGAGGCUGUGAAUGCCUGCAAGGACUGCGUCUCGACGAUCUCCCAAGAGCUGGACAGCGCCGCAACGGCGAAUAUCAAGAAGGAGACCGCGGGCACUCCAAGUACUACUGGAGUCACUACGACGCCGAGCGUGGCGGCAAAGAGGCACAUGAGCGACAAUUGCAUCGUCAGGAUCCUUGGUACGAAAGGAUCUCCAAGUCAGUUUCGCAUCGUGGUGCCGAUCAUGGAGUUGGCGCUUACGAGGCGAUGCAGUGUUGGGACUGGCCCACACUCGGACAGCGGCUACUCCAAGGUGUACGAGAAGGAUGGGAUCCUGUGCGUCGACGCGCCCGUGCCGCGCGGGAUGCUGUUCAACUACUUCGGGUCGCUCUCCUUAGUGCCCAGCGAGGGUGCGAUCAAGAUUGCCGAGGUCUUCAAUGCGUCCAUCUACGCGGCCUGCAAGGAUGGGACCACGAGCCCCUGGUUCUUGGCAGCUUGGGGGGUGAAGGCCCAUAGGAGCGUGAAGGCCGCUGCCAAGAAGGCAUCGGCAAAGGCGAUUGCAGCGGACAGGGCAGCUGGCGCAGCCGGUGCACUUCAAAGUUUGUCGCCUGUUGCAGGAGCCGUUGCCGUGGACAUCGCGCCAGGUGGGCAGCUACAGCCCGCCGCUGCUGGAGCAUCUGCUGAGCAGCCGAAGGCCCAGGCUCCCCCUGCUAAGAAGCCGCGCGUGAGCAAGCCUGUGGGGCCUACUAAGGCGCCUGCUGACGAGCCCUCUAUGAACGUCAAGGUCGCCAAGUUCGAUAUCUCCCUGUCCGAUAUCAAGAGGAGUGAGACGGCGCUCUUCUUCAAAGUCUUGCCCGACCCUAUCCCGGUGGAAAUGCCGUACCUCGAGGCCGCUGCUUGGACUUCGAACGCCGUCGGCACCGUGCAGCUCACCAGGGGCGGUGUCCCAGGCAUGCUCUCGAAGGAGACCUGCAAGGAUGCCCAGAAGAGCAUCGACGAGAAGCGGGCCAAGGAGACGGCCGCUAACAACAAAGUGGCCAGCCAUGCAGCGAGAGGCGCCCUCACGCGCACGGCGUGCCCAGCGUGCCCUGAGCAUUUGAAGCUUUGA